AUGAGUGACGCUACUAGUCCUCCUUCCAUAAACAUAGUCGUGCCAAUUGGUUUAGCCGCGGUAGCAUUAAAUACCAUUGGUUCUAUAUAUGUCAUCUACAGAACAUUAAAUCGAUGGAUGGUGACAAAAAGACCUUUAUCAAUGUCUUUCAGAGUUCCCAUGUAUAUUGCGAUUACCG